AUGGAACAUCACCAACACGAUGUCAAGAUGGAACAUCAACCGCACGACGUCAAGACGGAACGUCAACAACACAGCGACAAGACGGAACGUCAACAACCCAGCGUCAAAAUGGAACCUCAACAACAUGGCAUCAAAAUGGAGCGUCAACAACACGGUGUCAAAAUGGAACGUCAACACGGCGACGAUCUGGAACGUCAACAACAUGGCAUCAAAAUGGAACCUCAGCAACACGGCGUUGGCUUCGCCUUCGCUCUUCCCAGCCGCGAUCCGCGCUUGCUCGUGACGGAGAGGGGCGCCAGCCGCCAGCGCACAAGGUUCCUCCCGCAGCAGAGAGCUUAUCACGGCAAGACGCAAUACCAACUUUCCUUUUUGAAGACACUGUCUGGGGUAUUGCCCGCUACCGCGUUUACCAAGUUCGUCGUUCUCGUAAUGGAGUUCGGGCCGUCAAAAGCACUUGGGCUCGAGAGCAUUGGCGGCGGUCAUACUUUGGUGGCCGCUCACGCUGAAGCGUUCGCCGGGACCAAUCAGCAGUCUGUACUCCUCAGCCAGCAUGCCCGCCUCGCGGCGCAGUCUCUUCAUCCUCUAUACAUCGCGCUUCUCUCGUAUCACAUGGGCGCACCUAUCAACGCUGCGAAUACCGCCUGUGCUCAUAGGUGGAAGCCCCCCGCCGCAUCGCUGUCGCCCAACCCUUCCGAUCUCUCGAAUUUCCGCAUCGAAGGCGACUCCGGCGAUGUCAUGGAAGAUCACCGAAUCACGUUCGUCUGGGAAGCCAACGCCGGCGGCUAUACCUUGGGGACACUAUCUGGAAGUCACAACAUAUUUCCCCCAGGCGGUAGUACCCCUAGGGAAUUGACGGUAAUACAGGCAUCUGGACAAGAAAAAGGCCGCCCGCAGGCACCGCUAGCAGUUCUAUACGAUGCAAAGAGCGUAGCGUGCUACUACACUAGCCCCCAGGAUCUGGACGUCGUUCGAAACAGCAUCACGCUAGACUUCCAGGCCGUCAAUUUCACUGAUACCUUGCUCUGUACGGCUUUAUCGGAGGAAGAAGCAGAGUGCCUGAAUCUGCCGGAUCUGCUCACUUCGUUUCCAAUCCUCGACUAUGAGCAGCAUUUCCAUCGCCUCUUGUUCAGGGAGGAUUCCUUGGCGGCGAUGGGCGCGGAACUCGACGGUUUCGCUCUCCCUUCUGGGCCCCAUGCCGUUCCGCCGUCUGCUGACUCGGCCGUGCGGGAGCGCGUGCUAGCCUGGCAGAUGGACAAUGAUGCACAUAGUGCGCGGGCUGGCUUGUCAUAUUUCUCGGAAAUUUGA